UCGUUUAGUUCCCACCUUUAAGGCCACCUAACGCUAACAAUUCAUUGGAACAAAAUCAAAAUCGCAGGCGGAGAACUCAGUUUAGUUAAUUAAAGUCAGCGCCAGCACAGUUAAAUAAACGACAAAAUGAGGACGUGGUACAUGAUGGCAGUGGUAGUGGUCCUGGCGACGUUGGCCACCACGACGUGGGCUCUAAAAGAGGAGGAUUGUGAAGUUUGCAUCAAGACGGUGAGGCGGUUCGCAGACUCCCUGGACGAUGCCACCAAGAAGGACUACAAACUGAUCGAAACCGAGUUCAAGAAGUUCUGCAAGGCGCAGAAGAACAAGGAGCACAGAUUCUGCUACUACCUUGGAGGCCUCGAGGAAUCGGCCACCGGCAUCCUCAACGAGCUGAGCAAACCCCUCAGUUGGUCCAUGCCCGCCGAGAAAGUCUGCGAGAAGCUGAAGAAGAAGGACGCGCAGAUCUGCGAUCUUCGCUAUGAGAAACAAAUCGAUCUGAAGAGCGUGGACCUGAAGAAGCUGAAGGUGCGCGACCUGAAGAAAAUCCUCAACGACUGGGACGAGAGCUGUGAUGGCUGUCUGGAGAAGGGCGACUUCAUCAAGCGCAUCGAGGAGCUGAAGCCCAAGUACUCGCACGGCGAGCUGUAGAGCUCAAUCUAGUUACUUGUGUAGUUACAUGGAACACGCCCACUUAGCUAAAACAACAACCACAUGAAACGCCCCCCUACACAUCCAUAUUUUUAGUUAAUUUACAAUUUUGAUAGACUUUGAGAGAAUUGAAUAUAACUAUAUAUACCUAAAGAAAAAACAUAUAUUUUGAAAUAAAAAACAACAAACACACAA